AUGCAAGCUGUCCCCGUCGGAUCCUCGCGUCUCGCGCCGCUACUGCAGGCGGCCUCGCUCCCGUCGGAGCCCUACACGGCCCCGCACACGAUCCGCACCAUCCGCCUGCCGUCGCUGGCGCCGCGCCUCCCCACGCUGCCGAGCCUCAUGAGCACGCUCGCAGCGCAGGGCGGUCCCGUCGGCUCGGCCAACUCGUCGCCCUCGCGCACGUCAUCGUCGAUCUCGUUCCUGCUGAACCCGCCGGCGCGUCAAGCCGCGGACGCCCAGCACCACAUGAACCAGCUGCAGCAGCAGCAGCACUACGUCCCUGCGGCGUCGACUGCUCCGUCGAGCAUCCUGUACCACCCGUACUCGAACGCCGCCGCUGCGUCGGCGCCCCUGGCCACGAGCAUGAUCCAGCCGCAGGACGCCAAGCCGCAGCCCAAGAAGAAGCGCAAGACGCGCAUCUGCAAGUCGGAGGGCUGCGAGAAGUACGUGGUGGACCGCGGGCUGUGCAUCCGCCACGGCGGCGGCAAGCGCUGCUCCGUGGAGGGCUGCAACUGCCGCGCGCAGAACCGCGGGCUCUGCUGGAAGCACGGCGGCUACACGCGCUGCACGGUGGAGGGCUGCACGAAGCGCGCCAAGUCGCGCGGCAUCUGCUGGUCGCACGGCGGCGGCACUCGCUGCAAGCACGGCGGCUGCUCCAAGAUCGCGGUCUCGCACGGGCUCUGCUGGGCGCACGGCGGCGGCAAGCGCUGCCUCGUCGAGACGUGCCAGAAGCCGGCCUACGAGCGCAACGGCAACCUCUGCGCCGAGCACUGCGCGCUGCGCAACCAGCAAGCGCAGGCUGCUGCUCCCGUGCCCGCGACCAACUAA